GAGUAAAAAAAUCAUGAAAAAACUAUUGAGUUUAGGCAAUGUUGGAAUGCAGAAGUAAUCGACUCAUCUCUACAAUUUCAAUCGUUGUUAAUCUAAUCAUCUCGACAUUAUUACGCUCUUGAAAAUAUGCGCAAAGCGUUCUUUGCGAUAGGUUUGAGAAUAAACACUUUAUAGUAAAAUGCACUUAGCAAAAUGCAUACAAAUGACAGGAGUUGCAAUAUAAUAUAUUGCUUUUAUUGCUCAGGUCUUCAUAUGAAUUUUGCAUAAAUUGACUUGUGCUAUUUAACUCUCCCGUUAAACCCAAUGUCUUGUGCCUUGUGGCAUAAGUUUUGAUGAAAAUUGGUAGGGAAAAACUAUAUUCAUAUUCUUACAUGAUUAUCCUAUAGUUUGUUUUUUAGUUUAGGUUUGAGGACGUUUAUCAGAUCGUCUCACAUUUUCUGGUUUGCAUGUGAAAUAGUUACAGGAAAUCUUGUUCUCCUGUUCUUGACCCUUCAAUUGCUGGAACCUUAGAAUUAGGUUGUGAUCUGCUUAAAGUAUUUUUAAAUGAAUUUCGGACGUUGUGCGUGGAUGUCGUAAAAUUAUUAGUGGCACUGGCGGUGGUGGUUGGAUUGGGUUGGAUUGGUGGUGGUCGAGUUGAAGUUGGGGAAAGAAAAACUAAGUUUCCUGAGGAAACAUUCGUAUACAUCCCCCCGGACUUUUUUAUGCACCAUUGCCACUACACGACCAAGGUCACUACCCAAAAAUUAGCCAUUUUUACUUCCUUCAAAACCACCACCGACAACACACUCUGACAGAAAUGUCGAAAUUCUUAACAUUUAUGUAGUCGAACGAAAGUUAUUUCACACAACAUAAGUUUCUGGUUGGUGUAGGUGAUGUUGGUUUACUUGGUGGUUGGCUGGACGGAAAGAUAGGAAAUUUUGGAAUGUGACCUCUACUUUUCGUUUUUAUAUAAUUUCUCGGUGAUUACACAAUUAGAUUGACAUAAUGUAAGCGAGAAACAAGACAUCUGCAUUCCUUGUUAAAGGGUGGUGUAUGGGUCGUGGUGUUUUGGUUGGCCUAAACUUUUUAAAACUUUAGGAAAAUACCAUCCCCUGCUGCGUACCAUCUACUAUAGUUAUCCGUAGUAGUGACUAGUGUGGUGUCAUCUUACAUCAUAUUCACUGAAAAGCUUUAAACCAAAUUGGUACAAAAAACUAGGACAAAAUGGGGAAGAAGAAGUCUGACAUUUAUUCCUGCUUCCAAAUCUUGGCAAUGAAGAACAAGGCUAACAAAAGUAUCUUCAUGUGCAAAUUUUGUGACCGGCAAUAUUUACAAAAUGCUACAAAGAUGGAGAGCCACAUUGUAACCCAGUGUCAAAAAGUACCACAUCAAGUUCGUCUAGCCUACGCCAAAGUUCCUCCGGGUGUGGCUCAGGAGUACAACAAUAAUUUAGGUGCUGGUGGGGCUGUCGCCAACUCGAGGCCUUCACCUUCUUUGAGCAGUGAUAACAGUUCUAUUGAAAGUCGUCCAGAAACUCCGGUCAAUGUAAACUAUCACCAAAAAUCUCAGCGUCCUUCCCCAGGAAACAAUUACUACACCGCAACCUCCAGUUCAGGAGGGAGCGGGACAAGUCUAGUGAUAAAACGUGCUGGAGGAACUCUUGUGUCUGAUCUGGUGCCCUCAUCCCCUCGUCAACAAUCAAAUAAGAAGCCAAAGUUGGAUAAUAAUAACGUCAUUACGCUGAAUGCAAAUCAAGUCCGGAGCCUAAUGGCGAAUAAUAAUAAUAAUAACAACAACAAUUUGAGCAAUCAUAAUCUUACCAAAUACGUCCAAGCCCAGCAACAAAAACAAAGGCAGCAGCAGCAGCAACAACAUCAGAAUCAGCUUUAUUUGCAGCAAUCAAACGCCAAAAGAGGAGCUCAAAGAGUGCAAAGUCCUCAAACUGGAGGAAUUCAUAUUAAGGCGAAACACAUGGUGCCUACAAGUACAGCAAUCAGUAACCAAAGAAGAGCGCAUCAAGGGAAUGGGGGUACCAAUAGCGUUGGAAGGACUAACGUUGUUUUAGCAAAAGUUAGCAGUGGUGGUAAUGUUGGUGGCCUUGCUGUAACUCCUGUUCCAGUGGGAGUGGAGGCCUUCCCAAAAACUUUCAAUCAUAAAGAGUUGGUAGAAGUCUGGAAUCUUCUAGCUCGAGCUGUUUAUUCUACCGGAUGUCCACUUUCCUUGUUUGAGAAUGAACAUUGGAAAGCAGCCUUCAAAAAAAUCCGUCCAGGUCUAACCCUCCCAACCACCGACGCAGUUUCCAACUCGCUGCUCAAGGCGGAAUAUACAACUAUUAAAAAGAAGUUGGAACAUUCCAUUGAGUCUCUAAAUUUUGUCACGGUCCACUGUUUAGAACUCAAAGAGUUGGAUGGGGCCACUUUUCUGAGCUUUUUCAUUAAUUGCUCAACAAUGCCUUCGCUUUACCGUGUAAUUCGCUUAGAAACAGGACAAGAAAUUGACACCGGAAAGUUUUCGUCUACCUUGGAUGCAAUAGGUCCACAGAAAGUCCUUGCAUUUGUUGGUGGAUGCUCCCUUGACCAUCAAGGUGUUUCCAAAACCUGGGAUUCCCUCCGAUUCCUUUAUCCUGGUCUUAUUACGUAUGGAUGCAUUUCACAAGGGCUCAAUUCUCUUUUAAAUUAUAUCCUCGGACUAGAUCGAAUUCACAAACUUUGCCUUAAAGGAAAAAGUUUGGUUAGUGAGACCAAGAGCAAUCCAGAACUGAAGAAACGCUUUCAAGAAAUACAAAGAGAGCUAAAGUUAGCUCCCGUCCCUGCGUUCAAAUUUUCAAGUCGCAGUUCAUGGGCCUCGUUAGUGAAAUGUGUUGCCUUAUUAGUAUCACAGAAGGAGGCUUUCCAAGCUUUAAUUCAAGAAUCCAAAGAAGAAUUUUGUCGAAACGAAAAAGAAGAUCUGAAUUUAAGCCCAACUGAGGGUAGUAUGGACCUCGCCAGCCCCGAGUUCUGGAGCUCGUUGACCUCUGUCACUAACUUAAUAGUGCCUCUGUCAAAUUGGAUUAAAACGGUCGAGGGUGGGAGCUGUAUUGGCCAAAUUCCGGUGAUAUUACGCGAGCUGAAAGAAGCAUUUGCUUCCAAUGUCGAUAAUAUUAUGGUACUUGACCAACUCGAGAAAGAAUCUCUCAAAACACAAUUGAACAUCGUGAGACGCCUCUGCAUGAACGAACUGCACCUUGCCGCAUGUUUGCUAAAUCCACAAAAUCGGAACGUUCUUACAUCUAACGAAGAAGAAGAGGCUGCCGAAUUUAUACACUUUUUUUGUGAGACGUUUAGUGGUUUUCAGGCUGAAGCUGCUUUACCACAAUUAUCUGACUAUCGAAAUAAGGUUGGCGACUUUUCAGUGGAGGAAGAAUUGUGGAGUAAUGUUGACAGCACUGAUCCUUUGGAGUGGUGGCGCAGCUUAUUCUUUCAAGCUUAUCCUUUAGCCGAAGUUGCAUCCCAUCUUCUCCAAAUACCAUCAAAUCUCUGCACAUUAACACUGCCUUCAACGUUUAACCCCAAGUCUCUGUAUAUGUACAACACGACCUCCCCUCCAAUGGGCGAUGAUACUUUAGAAAAGUUGGCUUUGGUGCGCUAUUACAUGCAAAAAUCUACUCAUGACAAUCCAAGCAAAAGCAACCCACUACAAAUGCAGAUGCAAGUUCAAGUGCGACCCCUCAAUCAGCCCAAAGUAAAUGGAGAGAAAAACGCAAAUUCUACAAUAGUGAAUGGGGAAGGAAUCUUUAGUGCAGCAGAAGGUGGCCAGGAUCAGAUUGAAGGGAUUACUACCAGUAUUGGUAGAAAAAUUAAUAAACCUAACGAGCCAGCUCUACCUCACGCAACAAUAAUAAGCAACGGAAGGGACCCUGAGCCUGAUUUUCGUUUAGAGGAUCAAGAACCAAUGGAUGUGACUCAUACUCCGAAUCAGAUGGGAAUGGACGUCACUAAAUGCCAGUUUAUGGAUGUGACUCAGUUUCUGAGACAAAAGACGGAAACCAGUGUGGCUGGGUUUGAAGGUGACGGAGAAGACGAUGAAGAGGAGGAUGGGGAAGAGGACGAUGAAGAAGAAGUUGACCAAGAGGAUGAGGAAAUCAAUGACAAUGUCCAUAGUCAACCACUACCGCGAGCAGCGGUAGGAAGUUUAACAACUGAAGAGUUAUUGAAGCUCAAACGUGGGAUUGUUGUAAAUGGUGCUGAUGAAAUUCUAAAUGGAAUAAUUACAAAACCGGCGAUGGCAGCUCCAGUUCUAGCUCAUCCUCUAGCACUUCUAAUAAUGAAAAUAAGUGAGAAAUAAUUUUAAGUUUGAGAUGAACGCCUUAUUAACAUUUCAAUAUGCUUUGAAUUGAAUAAGUUCUGAAACUGAUCUGACGAUGAAGGGUGAAAUGACUCAUUCAGUAGAAGCACUACUACUUGGAUGUUUUUGUCAUCUUGCUAUUAUUUCCGGAAGAACAAAAGCCUUAAUGUGAAUACAAUUUAUAUGUAUGUACAUAUGUAUAUGCAUACAUACAUAGUUGGCCUAAUCGACAAGCUGACUACAAUAGAUUUGACUAUAAUAGAUUAACAUUACGGACCCUAAGCUGUUUAAGAUAUCUCAUCCAUUCGAAUCAUACCGUGUGUACCAAACUGACUGUGACUUCUGUGAGACCUUACAUACAUACAUAUAUCUUUAUAUAGGUAAACUGUGCGGGUAUGGGGUUUAGUAUAUGUAUUACUACACUGGUACAUAGAUUAUGGAGUUUCUCCUCUGAUUAUAGUUGUAUAAUGCUUGAGCAAACCUUUCGUAAGAUUUGGGUUUGUUCAUUCGUAUUAUCCACAAUUGUAACUGAUCUAAGCAAGUAUGGUACAUAACUCUUGUCGCAAUCCCUUCUCAGGUUUUAUUACCUGUGCCGCAACUAAAGAUGUUUGGCAUAAUAGUAACAUAUUUAUUCAGCUAUGCAAUACACAAUCUACAUAACUCUUAGUCCUCACCUGAUACGAUAUAUUUAACAAAGAACAAAAUACACGCCUCACCGAAAACAGUACCAAAUCAAUCCGGGUAGCUAAUUGCAACUUUAAUAUCAUGAUAAGUUUUAACAUGCACGCACUGAUACUUUUUUUGGAUAUGCUUAUAUGCACACUAAUAAUAAUCAAAUAAUUAUUUAUCAAACCUUGUCUGGAACAAUUUCAUGAAUGUCCUACAUACAUGUGCUGUUGUUCAAAAUAUUAACUCCAUAAUAUAUUUAGGUUUUAGGAAACGUUUAAUAUUUUAUGUACAUUACUAAUUAUUGUCUGCCUGCUCAGUUCACUCUCUCUUUCAUGAAUUUGUAUGCAUGCGUUAUGAUUUUUACAAUUUUGUUUAAUGAUUUUAUCGCAAAUUUGUUGUAUCUUUAUGGUAGCAUGUGUAUGUAGUGGAUUUAAUUUGGUUCAGUGUUUGUCUAGUAUUAGUCUAGUAUUGUGUUUAAUUGUUGCUGUUUCGCAAUUUGUUUGCCCACCUGCUUAAAUUCAAAAUAGCUUAAGCGCAUCAUAAUUCUUUCAAGUCCAAAUUGUUACAGAUUUAAUGCCAGCCGGGUGUACGGUGUUUUUUGUUCAAUUCAGGUGUCAAUUGUUUUUGUUUAUCUUUCAGUCAAUUCUCAAUAAACUACUGAAAAUGUG